GCUUGAGUGACGACGUGGGGUUUCGGCCGCAUAUAAAUAGUUCAGCCGCAAAGGGGGCGCUAGAACACUAGUUCCGAGUAGCGUUUGUAUGCGGUUAAUCGCAAAUGAAAGCAGCAGUUAGAGGAGCCGGCAAAAGUAGCCGAUUCUACUCCGACAAAGCGCAGCGGGCUGGAUCGAGCGGACGCGUUCGUACCUGCGGACAGUUAUGGCUACAGACACACAAGGGCACGGAACAUGCAGGCACGACGUCGCGAUUGGAAACAGCCUUUGAACUGCGUUGGCGUCACGAUUUGAAAUCAUUGUGAGCUAUAGAGUCCGACCGUUUCUCGUAACAUUCUUCGUACGUACGGGGGAUUCAACACGUAAUGAUACUAAGUCUCCCGAUGCAAGAUCGUCCCUAGUGGCUGGAUGGCUGUACUGGACUGUUGGCGAUGUGGGUAACAUGGCUGUGAGAUUCUGAGGGAGGAGGACGUGCCCCGACAUUGUCGGAGCUUCAGCACUUCAUGCAACGUCGAGCAUUAAUAUUUAUGCAACGUCGUCAUGUUCUCUGCAAUGGCACCUCCAGUGCGUCUGGUCGUCUCGGUGUUGGGCCCUCUGGUUUACCGUCGUUUCCAGCUUGCUCUGUCGGGUACCCGGUGAACACGGUUCGCCAUCGGAUCACGUCCCCCCACAGUGGGCAGAAUGCCGCUCAUCUCGGUCGGAUUUACCGCGCUGCUGACCUGGUGUUUGGCGUCUGGGCAGCAGGCCCCGCAAACCAUCCAGCCUUCCGGCCAGAGCCAGAACGGCCAGGACCCGCCGAUGAGCACGUUACAGCGGAUAGACGGGCUCCUCGAACAGAUCAAUUACGACAGGAAUCUUAGGCCUUACUUUGGAGGUCAACCCGUGCGAGUGGAGAUGAGUAUGACCAUAGCCAGUAUCGACCAGAUCUCAGAAGUUGACUUGGACUACACCAUCACCCUGUUUCUGCGUCAGUAUUGGAACGACGACCGCCUCAUAUUCCGAGGAGUGAACCGGACCCUGAGCCUGGACGGUCGCCUGGUGGAGAAGCUCUGGGUACCGGAUAUCUUCUUAGUCAACGCCAAGCAAUCCUUCCUGCACACUGUCACCGUAGACAACCGGCUGAUCCGCAUCUUCCCAAACGGAGACGUGCUCUACGGGUUGAGGGUAACAGCGAAGGCGGCCUGCCCUAUGGACCUCCGAAAGUACCCUCUGGAUGAACAGAACUGUACACUUGAGUUGGAAAGUUAUGGCUAUACCGACGAGGAAUUGGAGUUGGGUUGGAAAGCUGGGAACGCCUCCGUGACCGGGCUGGGCCGGCUGGACCUCUCCCAGUUCACCGUCGGAGUUUAUAACACAGUCGCCAAACUUGUCAAAUACGAAACAGGGAACUACUGGCGACUGGUCUUCAGCUUCCAACUGUACCGUCAGAUCUUCUACUUCAUCCUACAGACGUACCUUCCCAUGAUCCUCCUGGUCAUCUUGUCCUGGGUUUCCUUCUGGGUGAACCACGAGUCCGUGCCUGCGAGAGUCACACUAGGGAUCACAACAGUGCUGACAAUGACAACUCUGACAUCUGCUGCACGAUCUUCACUGCCGAAGAUCUCGUACAUCAAGGCUAUUGACGUGUACAUGGUCAUGUGUUUCCUCUUCGUCUUCGCGGCACUGCUGGAGUACGCCGCCGUCAACUUUCAGUCCAACCAACGGGCCAGAAGAGAGCGCAAGAAGCUUAGGAAACAAGCGACGGAGGAUAAAGACAAGGAGGUUGUCAACCGGGACGGCAACGCCGGGGCAGCCAACGACUCACUUCGGAAUUCUCCGUCGACCAACGCCUGCACAAAAAGGGUCAGCAUCGCCACGACGUCGUCUUCUCAAAACGACGAGAACUGCAAGGAAGUGGGCGGCGUCGGCAUUGAACUGAGAGCCGGUGUCGGGGAACGAAGGAGGCCGACUUUUGCCGAAGUUGCCCAGAAGGUUGCGCGCAGACGAACUCUCCAUUUUAAGGUUCCUGAGAUCACGGAUGUAAACGACAUCGACAGGUGGUCCCGCUUCAUGUUCCCGUUGGCCUUCGUGAUCUUCAACAUCAUCUACUGGAUCGGAUAUGGAUUGGUUUAAAAGCAGGAAAUAGAAAUCAACUGAAGGGCGUAAGUCUACAGACAUGGCAUUGCGGCAAAGAGCAACAAACUGUGAAAAAAAGAACAUCAGAUACACAGAUCAGUGGAUGUGAGAUUGAAGACUGAUAAAUAAGUGCCAAGCAGAAAUAUGCUGCUUAAGUUUCAAAUACAAGAACCGUUUAAAGGAAACACCCACGGGGGACGUACAAGACGGAUUUGAUUUUCCCGACAGGAGGGGAAAGAGUGCCGUACGACACAUCCCAAGCAAAUGUACAUAUCAAGAAAAAAGAAUGGACAUUACUACUUACAGUAACUUUAAUCUCGCAUCAAAUUAUCAAGUUGAUGAUAAAUAUUACGAUAUUCUACACUGGUGUAUCUAUACGCUAGCUGGGACGGACGGUAACAGACAUGCAAUGCUGUGUAAAUUUGCAUUUUAUUGUGAAAUAGAUAUCAUAGGCUUGAACAUGGUUUCACACUUAUUGUCGGCGUUGCUGAAGAAAAGGAUUUCAAUAUCAUCACUACAUUUACUGUGUAGAAUCCAGUAAGGUCUAAAACUAUUGCCUUAGAUACAACAAUAAGUCUAUAUACCUUACCCCGAUAGUGCACGUUAAUCCAGAGUGUCAGCAAGUAUAUAUUUUCCUCCAUUAUUUUAAAAACGAAAUCCAGAUAAUCCCCGUGUAAUUUGCCUUUAAAAUUCUGCCUUUGUUCUGGUGGAUUGAUUGGUUUUUAGAGGAGGAUUCUGAUUUGAGAGAAUAUCGUUCACCCGAUGCGACACUUACACUGGAUGCACAUACAACUGUUGGACGUUUUAGAGGUAUUCAAGUCUUAUAUUGAUACAAGUCACGAUGGACA